GAUGGGCCUCGUCAGACAGAAGCUACUCAAUCGCUCUUGGAGUAACAGAUCGCAGCUGUCAUCAUGAAAUUCCUGGUUAUUGCCUUUGCCGUCCUGGCCUGCGCCUAUGGCGACGUCUCCCACCUGGGUUACGACUACUCUCCUCCGGCCCCGGCUCCGGUUUACCAACCCGCCCCGGCUCCGGUCUACCAGCCUGCUCCUGCUCCGGUUGUGAUCCCCGCUCCUGCCCCCGCUCCCGUGGUGAUCCCCGCCCCCGCUCCCGCUCCGAUUUCGAUCCCUGCUCCGGCUCCGAUCUCGAUCCCAGCUCCCGAGCCCGUGAGGACCUACGUGCCCCCUGCACCCAUCAGCAUCCCAGCUCCAGCUCCAGUCUACCACCCAGCUCCCGCUCCCAUCAGCAUCCCGGCUCCUGCUCCCAUCAGCAUCCCGGCUCCUGCUCCCAUCAGCAUCCCGGCUCCGAUUGAGAUCCCUGCCCCUGCUCCAGUGAACACCUACAUUCCCCCCGCACCUGCACCAGCUCCGGUCUACCAGCCAGCCCCUGCUCCCAUCCCCGUGAGCAUCCCGGCUCCCGCUCCCGUUUACCACCCUGCUCCCGCUCCCGCUCCCGUGGUGAUCCCUGCUCCUGCCCCAGCUCCGAUCUCGAUCCCUGCUCCCGCUCCGAUCUCGAUCCCAGCUCCCGCUCCCGUGAGGACCUACGUGCCCCCUGCACCCAUCAGCAUCCCUGCCCCGGCUCCUGCUCCAAUCAGCAUCCCAGCACCGGCUCCAGUCUACCACCCAGCUCCCGCUCCCAUCAGCAUCCCGGCUCCUGCUCCCAUCAGCAUCCCUGCCCCGGCUCCGGUCUACCACCCAGCUCCCGCUCCCGCUCCCGUCUACCAGCCCACCAACACCCAGGUUCUGGAGGAGAUCGAGCCCGUCUCCAACGACGGAUACCGCUACAAGACCGUGCGUCGUCGCGUCUACCGUCACCGCUUCUAAGCUUCUAACCAAAGCCCAACGAGAAACUGUUUCCUAACGAAUCCCCACGGGGACUCGUAAUAAAAAUUCCGCCUUCAAUUUGUUAAACAAAA